CCUCUCCCUCACAAUCUUAAGUGAACACGAGAAAAGCUAUCCGCUUCUUUAAAAUGGGGCCGAGGAAGGGUCUGCUCCCACUUCUUGUACGGCUCGUGCUGUUUCACGGCCUCUUCAUUUGCAUGGUCUCGGCAAAGAGGCACCAUCAGAGUUUUGAGUUGAGAGAAACUCCAAUCACUCGAUUGUGCGAAAAUAAGACCAUCUUGACCAUUAAUGGCCAAUUUCCCGGCCCUACUUUGCAUGCUCGUUAUGGAGAUACAAUCGUUCUCAACGUCACCAACCGAGCCAAACACAACUUCACCAUUCAUUGGCAUGGAGUGAAACAGUUGAGGAAUCCAUGGGGAGAUGGUCCAGAAUACAUCACGCAGUGCCCCAUUCAGCCGGGCGCAACAUACGGUUACGAGAUUGUAUUCACCGAUGAAGAAGGGACUCUGUGGUGGCACGCUCACAGUGAUUGGACACGUGCGACGGUCCAUGGUGCAAUCGUCAUUCAUCCAAGGAUAGGGAAAAAGUAUCCAUUUGUCAAGCCACUGAAGGAAUUUACAGUCAUCUUAGGGGAGUGGUGGAAAAGCGACGUGAACGAUGUGCUUCAAGAAAUGCUUCAAACAGGAGGAGGACCCAACAACUCUGAUGCUUUCACCAUAAACGGCCAGCCUGGAGCUCUCUAUCCUUGCUCCAAGUCAGACAUCUUCCGGGAGAAGGUGUUUCCUGGCAAGACCUAUCUCCUCCGACUGAUCAACGCAGCCAUGAACGACGAGCUCUUCUUUGGCAUUGCCCAACAUCGGUUGAAACUCGUAGGAAUGGAUGGGAAAUACCUGAAACCCUUCUACACAGACUACGUCAUGAUAACGCCAGGCCAAACGAUGGACCUACUAAUAGAAACUAAUCAGACCCCUAACAUCUAUUACAUGGCUGCCCAUGCUUAUUCGAGCGGCAAUGUCCCAUUCGACAACACAACUACAACAGCGAUCCUCGAAUACGCCAACAUCACAUCAUCAUCUUCUCCAUCCAUACCGACACUUCCCACCUUCAACGACACUGAAGCGGCGAACAACUUCACCAAGAAACUAAAGAGCUUGGCCAGCGAAGAGCACCCGGCAUUCUGCCCGCAAACCAUUAAUAAACACAUUUAUAUUGCGGUAUCCGUUAAAACGAAGCCGUGUGAAACUGCCUCAUGUGUUUUGGCAAACAACAGAAGUCUUUCAGCGAGCCUUAACAACAUAAGCUUCGUGUUUCCGAACAUCUCCAUACUUCAGGCUUACUCUCAAGGCAUCAACGGCGUCUACGAUACGCGUUUUCCGAAAAGGCCACCGUAUUAUUUCAACUUCACGGGCGAUAAUUUGCCAGAGACACUCUUGACACCGAGGCGGGAGACUCAAGUGAAGGUGUUGAAGUUUAAUUCAACGGUUGAGAUUGUUUAUCAGGGCACCAGCUUGGUGGAAGGAGAGAACCAUCCGUUGCAUUUGCAUGGCUACAGCUUUUACGUGGUUGGAUGGGGUACAGGGAACUGGGACUCUGUCAAUCAUCCUAGGAACUAUAACCUGGUGGACCCUCCGUUGAUCAACACCGUUGGAGUCCCUAGAAAAGGGUGGGUCGCUAUCAGAUUCCGAGCAAAUAAUCCUGGUGUAUGGUUCAUGCACUGCCAUCUGGAACGUCAUCUUAGUUGGGGUAUGGACACCACAUUAAUAGUGAGGAACGGAAAAGGGCCAGAUGCUAAGAUGCAGCCCCCACCUGCAGACCUGCCUCCCUGCUGAACAUGCGAAUGAUAGUUUAAAGGAGACCCCAUUUCCCAUUACCAGAAAAUAGAAAGAAAAUGAAAUAAGAGAAGGCGUGGCCUAUUGAGUGACUGAAUCCUUCCAAUUACCAUUCGUUUAAUAAAGUGAUAUAUAUGUGUUUGU